GCAAGGUUGCUCAGACUGCAGCUGUGCUUGAGCUAUAAAAGCCCGUGGACUGCCCCAGUGCAGACACCAGGAGAGCUCCCAUUGUCCAAGGGGUGCUGAGAAGAUGAUGCUCUGGGAGUUCCUGCUGUUGCUGCCCCUGCUUGCAGGAAGCUCAGCUCUGGACUGCAUUGAGAUACCGGGGUCAUUAAAGCAGAUUGAUGUUGGGAAUGGGCAGGUGUUUGGAGUGAACAGCGCGGGCAAUAUUUACACGCUGCAUGGAAACAGCUGGGCCCAGGUGCCGGGCUCCUUGAAACACGUCACGGUUGGUCCUGCCGGAGUCUGGGGUGUGAACAACAACAACAACAUUUAUAAGCUGGUGGGAGGAAGCUGGCAACAGGUCACAGGGCUGCUCAAGCAAAUUGAUGCGGGUGGAGACAUGUUCGUCGCUGGUGUCAACAUGCAUGAUGACAUCUACUGUCUGUCUCGUCCAGCAACGGUCUCUGUGAACAGUGACUCUGCCUUGCCCUGGGUCAAUAUUGCAGGAAAGCUGAAGUACUACAGCUGCGGUGUGGGGGGCUGCUGGGGAGUUAACUCAGCUGACGAUAUCUAUUUCCGAUUUGAUGUCACCCCGGAUCCUUGUGCAGGAUCCAGGUGGGAGCACGUUCCAGGCAAGCUGUCCAUGAUUGAGGUCGGGACCGAAGGCUCUGUCUACGGCGUGAACAGUGCAGGACAAGUAUAUCGCAGGGAUGGAAUCACUAAAAGCAACCCCAUCGGCACCACCUGGACCCAAGUGGCCAGUUUCAUAUGCAACUGCAAACAUGUGUCCUAUGACCUGGGCCUGCUGUGGCUUAUCACUGACCAGGGCAAGAUUGUGAAAUGCCGGAUCUAAAUGAGACUCCCCCCACCAUCUCAGCCUCACAGUGAUUAACAGUGUCCAUUUAAACUCUCUCUCUCUCAAUCUCCCUCAGUGCUUAAUUUGUACCAGCGUGGGCUGAGCCCUGGCACCUCUUGGCUUGGCACUGCAGAGCCUCGGCACCUCUGGGUUUGCCAUGUCAGUUAUGAAAGUAACAAAUUGCUUGAGCCCCAGCACCUUUUUCAUUGCAAAUGAAGCCCUGCUCCACUGCCCUGUCCAGGUUUUCUACAUUCCUUCACCAGCCAGUGGUGUGAAGCUUUUGUUCCAAGGGUAAAAUCAAGUUGCACAAAAUAGAACCAAGAACGUUCAUCAUUACCUGCUCCUUCUCUGCCUCUGCUGCCCCCGCCCCCAGAUGCACAUGCUUCUCCUCUGAUAAAAUUCAGUGGCUGGAAACUGAACACAGCAAGGCCCAAGCUAAAAACAAAGGGCAAUGUUUUAGCUAGGAGGGAAGUCAACCAUACGAACGGAUCCACAAGGGAUGUGGUAAAUUCACCAUCACUUGGAGUCUUUCAGUCAAGACUGGAUGUCUGUGUAAAUGCUCUGAUAUACUCUGUAUCAACUGCACGCCGUUGGGUGCGAUGCAAAAGUCAUUGCAUGACAUCUGUGACCUCUGUUAUGUAGGAAAUCAGACUAGAUGGUCAUAACUGCCCCCCUUCUGGACUUUAUAUUUAAACUCUAAUGGAGCCGAUUGCAUUAGCAACACGCAAAACUGAGAUAGGGCAUAGGAAGAACUUCCAGUGAACGAGAAAGAAAAACAGAAUUUAAGUAACCCCCAAACUAGGUAAUUUUCGCUGCCUUUCUGCAAACUUCACCAUCACCAACGACCUGUGUUACAAGGUUCUCCCUCAGUUAGCCUGAUUUCAGCCUCUCCACUUCAGAAGGUCUCAGCAUGAUCAGUUCAUAAUAAGCAACCAGGGCCAAGUUAUUAAAAACACACUGUCCUGAGUUCUGUGCCAGAAGCUCUGCAUAUCCACCCCUCUCCCCCCACAUUUCCAUUCUGAUAAAUCCAAAUAUCUGCAUCACCAGAUUAGAAAGAAUAGAGGCCACAUGUAUCCAAGAGGAGGGCUGCCAAGCCAGAGCUGCUCUCUCUAGGCUGAGCAGGAAGGGCUGGCAAAGGUUUGAAGUUUUUGUCUUGCUCACUCUUGUUGGGGAAGCAGCUGGGAUUCCCCUCUGCUUGGGGCUGUGUUUGUGCCAAUAAAGUCUUGCAGCAUCU